UGUAGGCAUAAGGGCUAUUAGUAUUACCCGCCUCUGCGCUGUCUCUGGUCUCUGCAACUGCCUUACCUCUUUCUUUCCCUCCUUUCUCCUUAUCUUCAAACAGAAUUAUCAAUUAUGAGGGAAGAAAAGGCCCUACUUUCAUGGCGUCCUAUUCCAGACCUAACGGAAUACCACAACCACCCUUGCCUCGCCACUCUCACCUUCACUCUCAAUGGCGCUACCAAUAGGACUGCUCUUGGUCCCAAAUUCCGUAAUUUCGCCUCUCUUUCGGUUUCUGAGAAGAACGACGGUGAACGGAAGGAGCUCGCACCCACACCGGCUCAGCUCCUUAAACAUCCUUUGUCUAUUCUCGCUUUGGUCCCCAAAGACGCCGCGCUUUUCGCCGCUGGAGCUGUCGCUGGUGCUGCUGCUAAAACCGUCACUGCUCCGCUUGAUCGUAUCAAGAUUCUAAUGCAGACUCAUGGGGUUCGAGUUGGACAAGAAAGUGCUAAGAAGGCAAUUGGCUUCAUUGAGGCCAUAACAAUGAUCGGGAAGGAAGAGGGACUAAAGGGGUACUGGAAAGGCAAUCUCCCUCAGGUCAUAAGGGUCAUACCUUAUAGCGCCGUGCAACUCUUUGCCUAUGAAACCUACAAGAAAUUGUUUAGGGGAAAGGAUGGAGAGCUUUCUCUCAUUGGAAGACUUGCUGCAGGUGCUUGUGCGGGCAUGACAUCAACUUUUAUGACAUAUCCGCUAGAUGUCCUGAGGUUACGCUUAGCAGUUGAACCAGGUUAUCGAACAAUGUCUGAGAUUGCAUUGAACAUGCUAAAGGAGGAAGGAGUAGCAGCAUUUUACUACGGUUUAGGGCCAUCUCUAAUAGGAAUAGCUCCAUAUAUUGCUGUCAACUUUUGUGUUUUUGACUUGGUUAAGAAGUCUUUGCCAGAGAAUUUUCAAAAGAAAGCUGAAGCAUCGAUGCUAACAGCUCUGGUGUCAGCUUCGCUCGCCACACUCACAUGUUAUCCUUUGGAUACUGUGAGAAGACAGAUGCAAAUGAGGGGCACACCCUACAAGACUGUAUUGGAUGCCAUUCCAGGAAUUGUGGCUCGAGAUGGAUUUGUAGGAUUAUAUCGAGGUUUCUUGCCAAACGCUUUGAAAACUCUACCAAACAGCAGCAUUAGGCUUACCACAUACGAUUUUGUCAAACGUCUAAUAGCAAGGAGUGAAAAAGAAUUGCAGAAAAUCACUGAGGAAAAUCGCCACAAGCAAAAUCAAAGCGAAAAAGAUUUGCAGAAAAUUGUGGACGAAGAUCGCCACAAAAACAACACGAAAGCACCGGUGGUGGAGUAAUCUAAAUUCGUCUUGUUUUCUUUACCAAUUUUAGUUACUCGAUUUUUCUAGUAGAGAUCAAUAGAUCAUGUCCUAGUGAAUAGAGCGUCCAUUAUUUCUGGUUUGGUAUAAAAUUCUUUUGGGGGCCUGUAGGGUCUUGUCUAGGGGCUAUCUUAUGUAUGUUAGUCUGGUUAGGUUUUUCAGUUAUUAGUGGAUUUUUUUUUCUAUUAUUAUCAAGUUUUGUUUCUGAGAAAAUUAUUAUUUAUAAUAGUUAAUCUUUGUUUCCUUUUACUAUCAACUUUGAUUAACUAAGUGUUUGAAUUAUUGUUUAUGGAAAGUUUAUGAUUUUAAUUUA